AUAACAGGUGACUGAGUGCCGCGGCUCGUUUUUCCUAGCAUGGACUUUCAGGGUGACUUGGAGGAUCAGGAGCUGCGGGAAGCGCAGAGAGAAUUCCUGGACUUCCUGGAUGAUGAUCAAGAUCAGGGUGUUUAUCAUGGAAAAGUGAGGGAUAUGAUUGGCGCAAAUGAACAUCGUCUCAUUGUUAACCUGAAUGACGUGAGGCGGAAAAAUGAGCGCAGAGCAAACAUAUUGCUCAAUGAUGCUUUUGGAGAGGUUAUCGCCUUUCAAAGAGCACUAAAAGACCUGGUAGCUUCAAUCGAUGCAACGUACGCCAAGCAGUUUGAAGAGUUCAGCGUUGGAUUUGAAGGCAGCUUUGGAGGAAAGCAUGUGUCUCCUCGUACUCUGACUGCUGGAUUAUUGGGAAGUUUAGUCUGUGUUGAAGGAAUUGUAACAAAAUGUUCCUUAGUACGACCUAAAGUCAUGAGAAGUGUUCAUUACUGCCCAGCUACAAAGAAGACGAUGGAGAGAAAAUACUCUGAUCUUACCACCUUGGAGGCAUUUCCAUCUAAUGCAAUUUACCCCACUAAGGAUGAAGAAAAUAAUCCUCUGGAGACAGAAUAUGGGCUGAGUACUUACAAGGAUCACCAGACUCUGACCAUACAGGAGAUGCCGGAGAAGGCCCCUGCAGGACAGCUCCCCCGCUCUGUAGAUAUAAUUUCCGAUGAUGACUUGGUGGACAAGUGCAAACCGGGUGACCGCAUCCAGAUAGUGGGAAUAUAUCGCUGUCUUCCUUCCAAGCAGGGAGGGUACACAUCUGGUACAUUCAGGACAAUCUUGUUGGCCAACAACAUCAAGCAGAUGAGCAAGGAGAUUGCACCAACAUUUUCAGCUGAUGAUGUAGGGAAGAUCAAGAAGUUUUGUAAAGCGCAUUCCAAGGAUGUUUUUGACCAGUUGAGCAAAUCUCUAGCUCCCAGCAUUCAUGGUCAUGAGUAUAUCAAAAAAGCCAUUUUGUGCCUGCUUCUUGGAGGCAAUGAAAAGGUUCUCGAAAAUGGAACACGUAUAAGAGGAGAUAUCAAUGUUCUUCUAAUAGGAGAUCCUUCUGUUGCAAAAUCUCAGCUUUUACGUUAUGUCCUGCACACGGCUCCAAGAGCAAUUUCCACCACUGGUAGGGGAUCCUCUGGAGUAGGGCUGACAGCGGCAGUGACAACUGAUCAGGAAACAGGAGAGAGGCGCUUGGAGGCUGGCGCCAUGGUUCUGGCUGAUAGGGGUGUUGUUUGUAUUGAUGAGUUUGAUAAAAUGUCUGACAUGGACAGAACCGCCAUCCAUGAAGUGAUGGAACAAGGACGGGUAACCAUAGCAAAAGCUGGAAUUCAAGCAAGGCUAAACGCUCGGUGCAGUGUCUUGGCUGCUGCAAAUCCUGUCUAUGGAAGGUAUGAUCAGUACAGGACUCCUAUGGAAAACAUUGGCUUACAAGACUCACUGCUAUCAAGAUUUGAUCUACUUUUUAUUGUUCUGGAUCAAAUGGAUGCAGACAAUGACCGUGAAAUUGCUGACCAUGUACUGCGAAUGCACAGAUAUAGGACUCCUGGGGAGCAGGAUGGAUAUGCAAUGCCUCUUGGGUGCAGUGUUGAGAUUUUUGCUACAGAUGACCCUAAUGCCAGUGACCUGACCGAUCAGGAGUUGCAGAUCUAUGAAAAACAUGACAACCUCCUUCAUGGACCACGUAAAAACAAAGCGAAGAUUGUUAGCAUGAAGUUUAUACGGAAAUAUAUCCAUGUUGCCAAGUUGAUGAAGCCUGUUCUGACACAUGAGGCAGCAGAUUACAUCUGUCAGGAAUAUGCCAAGAUCAGGAGUCAUGAUGAAACGAAUAAUGACCGUGCAAGGACUAUGCCUGUUACUGCUAGAGCACUUGAAACCAUGAUCAGACUGGCCACUGCUCAUGCUAAAGUUAGGAUGAGCAAAACAAUUGAACUCCAGGAUGCUGAAAUGGCUCUUGAGCUUAUCCAGUUUGCUUAUUUUAAGAAGGUCUUGCCAAAGGAGAAGAAAAAAGUUGAGAAGGAUAUUGACCUAAGCCAAAGCCAAGAGACCCCAAGUCAGGAGGGCAUAAGGAAAAGCUCUAGGCGAGCAGGAAAAAUGUCAGAUUCGCAGGAAUCAACGGACCCCUAUGCUUUUAGUCAAGAUGGUGGCAGUCUAAAUGAAUCUGUAACAUUAUCUCAGCGUGUGCGAACUCCAAGAAAGGUGUCUGAAAGUCAAGGAGAGCUCUUCCCCAAGAGUUCAUUAAGUCUGAGCAGGAUAAAGCAAUUUAAAGCUGCUCUCUUAAAAACCUUCAAGACCACACAUUCCCAGUCUGUAGCCAUUGGUCAGUUAUUGGAAUUGAUUAAUAAAGGAAAUUCUGAGCCAUUUGAGUUGUCUGAAGUGAAGAAAGCCUUGGACAACAUGCAAAAUGAUAACCAAGUGAUGGUGGCGGAUGAUGUGGUAUUCCUCAUUUAA